AUGUUGGGCAAGCAGCUCCUGACGUCCGCCCCGGACCCUCCGACAGCCGUGGAGGGCGGGUGCCCGCUUCCGAUGGCCUCUUCCGUGGUCGAUGGCGGUGUUGGCGCAGGGGAGACCGAGCCGCACCAGUCCAGCGCUCGGGAGUCGGCAGAGGUCAACAGGAGGUCUGCCACGCGCGAGGUCGUGAAGUUCGCGGGGAGCUCGAAGGUGCUGGGCUGGAACAUGCACUUGCGCACGGGGCUGUUCCCUGGCAUCAAGGUCGGGCAGCUGCGCCUGAGUCCAACCCGACUGGUCAGCGCGGCGACCUACAAGUCUACGGCGGCGGCACAGAUGUCAAUCGAGUUCCUGAAUGCCGAGGGGACCAUUGGCUUGAGCAGGCCAUACUCCGACGCAGGAACACUUGGAUUGAACGAAGAUGCUGUGCUGAAGAUCUUGGAGGAUCAAGAUAUGGUGGUUACGGACGUUGACUGCGCCGAGAACGGGUACGACCCGACUCUCGUGGAUGGCUUGUCAAGUGCGGUCGACGCAUCGCUCAACUACAAGGCGAGCUUGCAGACGGAGACCCCAGCUGACCCUACGAAGUUGGUCUUCAAUUCCAAUUCGUUCGUCAACGUCAUCAGCGUGAAGAAACCCGGCAAUAUUGCGAUUUGGGGUGGGCGGACUGUGCACUGA